AUGGAAACAUCAACUAAAUUCAAAUUGUGUCUAACCUCUGCAGCGGUUGCAGUUGCUGGUACUGUUUCUUACGUUUAUUUUAAGUACAAACACAGUGUUCGAGAAUUGAGAGAUGCGAUAGAAAUCUUUGAUUAUUUGAAAAUCGAGAUUGUGAAAUCUGAAGAAUGUUGCGAUCGAGUUGUGCAUGAACUAAGAAGGAGAUGUGAGAAAGACCGGGGCCUAGGAUUUGAUUGUGAAUGGGUUACAGAAAACAAAGGAAAGAGACGACCUGUAGCCUUUGUUCAGCUCUCUUCAUACGACGGUUACUGUGGCUUGUUUAAACUUAACGCAAUGAAGACUGUGCCAGCGUCUUUAAAAGCUUUGUUAGAGGAUGAGAAUGUAUAUAAAGUAGGUGUAGCACCAUUUGAUGACAGCCAAAACCUUCUCCAUGACUACUCCGUAGCAACUAAGUGUACCUUGGAUUUGAGGCACUUGGCCGAGCACUGUGGUCAUGAGUCUGGCGGAUUGGCGUCUCUGUCCAAGUCACUUCUUGGUGCUGUAAUGGAUAAAAGUUGGAAGAUUCGAUGUAGUAACUGGGAAGCAGAUGAAUUAACACCCAGACAAGUGAAUUACGCUGCGACUGAUGCACACGCCGCUAUCAGAAUUUUCGUCAUCUUACUAGAGCAACUUAAAAGAAAAAACACGUGGUUACCAUGGUUUGGCAGUUGGAAUACUGAUGAAUUCUGCCGGAAAUAUGUCGAUAGAAAAUAUAAAGCAAGACGAAACACAAACAACAAACCUAAGACUAAAGAGAUGAAGGUGUCAAAAGAAGGCUUAGUAGUGAGCAAGCGAUACCCGAACGCGACUCGAAGCAAGCCCUUAUACCACAACUGCUUUCUGCAAGCACCUGAUGGCGAAUUACUAUGCACUUGCGAUAAUAAGAAGGCUUUAUGGUACGUGGAGAAAGGGUUGGCUGAUGUACAAACUGAGGAUCCUCUAACGGUGCGGUUGCGUUUCGAGCCCGCGGGCCGAUCGGUCGGUGACGUGGGCCGGUACUACCAACUGCAGAAGGAGAACAAAUGUGUCGUCUGCGGCAGUACCAACUCAUACAUCCGAAAGAACGUCGUGCCAAGAGAGUAUAGGAAGUAUUUCCCAGAAAUCAUGAAAGACCAUUCAUCUCAUGACGUGGUGUUGCUGUGCAGUGACUGCCACCAGCUCAGCAACAUGAAGGACCAGCUGGUGCGCGAGUGGCUCGCCAACCAGUGCUCAGCGCCCUACACCACUCACGCCAGUACUAGCAGGUUCACAGAGGAUGCUGCUUGCAAGAGGAUCCGGUCGGCGGCUCGAGCGCUGCACUACCAGUCGCGCAAGCACGACCUGCCCGAGGCGCGACGCAAGGAGCUGGAGGAUAUCGUCUUACAGAACUACCCGCACCACAACGAGAUCACGGUGGAGUUGUUGGAGGAGGCCUGCCAAUUGCAAGUCACACACGAGAAUUCCGAUUAUGAAUCUCACGGGAUGAAGGUAGCGGAGUAUUACUCGGAGCGGGACGGUCUCUUACGGCUGGAAGAGAUCUGGCGACAACACUUUCUGGACGUCAUGCAGCCUCGUUACAUGCCCGACUUGUGGUCCAUCAAGCACAACGAGGAAAGAAUUCGAGUGAAGCUACAAGAAGGGCGUUUAUCUCAAAAUGACUUAAAAGCCAUCGGAUGGAAGGCUUAA